AUGUCUUUCAUUCCAAGCUGGUACGGCGGCCGACGCAGCGACGCCUUUGACCACUACGCAUUCGACCCCUGCGCCUUCGACCUCUGGUACCCCUUCCAGGGCUUCCCUUUCCCUUCCUCAUCCCUCUCCGCCUCUAGUUUCCCUCAGGCUUUCUGGGAAGAUCCUGCCUCCGUCGACACCAGGAUCGACUGGCGGGAAACCCCAGAAGCCUACGUCUCUAGUUUCCCUCAGACUUUCUGGGAAAAUUCCGCCUUCGGCAUCGGCGACACCAAGAUCGAUUGGAGGGAAACCCCGGAAGCCCACGUGAUGAAGGCCGAUCUUUCCGGGCUCAAGAAAGAGGAAGUGAAAGUCCGGAUCGAGGACGAGCGGGUGCUCCAGAUUUGUGGAGAGAGGAAGGUGGAGCGAGGCAGCGGGAAGUUCAUGAGGAGCUUCAGGUUGCCCGAGAAUGCGAGGGUGGAUCAGGUCAAGGCUUCCAUGGAGAAGGGAGUGCUCACCGUCAUUAUCCCCAAGGUGUAGGAGAAGAAGCCUGAGAUCAAGGCCAUCGACAUCUCUGGUCGAGUCUGUGAUGGUAAAACUUCAGAUCGCGAAUGCAAAAUCCUGGCUUCCU